CUUAUUUGUGGCGGAGCCGCUAGUGGGGAUGCCUCCGCUGUCGCAGUGUUUGCGAUAUGCAAGCACAAGUAGUCCAUCCUUCGUGGCGCACAAACUAGAGGAAGUUGAGCUCAGCCGGAUGACGCGUGCUAAGGCAAAGAACAAGGUAGGGCAGCAUGCUGCUCAGAAGAAAACAAUGACCAACGAGUUUCUUUUCAGAAAAAGUCGAAAGGGCAGAUCCGCAAAGGUGAAGCGGAUGAUAAGCGUUUUGGAUCAUGCGCGCAGAUUCAUAAAUGCGACGAGCACUUCCUUUGUAGUUAGGGAACGUGACAAACCUGCGAAGGCCGGCAGAAAUCAAGGCAAGAACAAGCAAGGAGGAUUGUUGUGCGGGUCCAAUGGUACAGCGCGAGGCGAUAGCCUGAGUGGUAAUCUCGUAGAGAAUGCGACGUCUCAUGAAGGGCUGGAUGGGCUUCUACUUGGCCGUGAGUCAGAACUUGACCCCUGUCAAGGGGAAGAUGGUCUCGAUGACGACGAUGCAAACAUCGCUGCAGAAGCGGAUGAGCGCCGCCAGCAGGCUCUUGCUGAUAACGGAGGAUCUGACGUUUUUUGCAUAUUGGAAGGGCCGGAGACAAAGAUACUGACGGCGGCGGCGUCUGCUAGAGAAAGGCGACGGUCUGAG